CCACCAGGAAACAUGGUGUGCCAUUCCCGCGUUUGCCUCCCGCGUUUGCCUCCCGCGUUCAAGAAUGCUUGAUUGCCGAGUUGGAUGGCAGCGAGGUGGGUUAAUAUAGCUCGUCCUCUGCUGCCCUGCGGUGACUAUCAUGUCUGUUACUCGACUGGCAUUACCGAUUUAAUACUUAUUCAUCUCGGUGCGAGCCCAGCAACCUGGGUCUUGGAAGUCAAGUCGCAGGCGUCGUGCUGGUAGAAAGCCUAGGACAGAUCCUCAUUGAGAGGAAGCCAUGUUGGGUAUCGAAUACAUGCUGCUGUGUGUCGCGGCACUUUCGAGUCAUAACGUUGCCGCAGUCAGAGCAGAUUUCGGGUCUGGCCGUUUCGGCCGACGAGUAUUGGCAAGCAACCAGACGAAUACAGCAGCGGCCGUCUCUAGCAGCGCAAUAGAGCCCACAGUCUCCGCAUUGUCCGAAUAUAAUGGACCAGAAGGCUCUGGGGUCGGCCCCACAUAUGCCUCGAGCUCGUCGAUUUCAUCCAGAUCACCAAUCACGAUAACUGAGCAAAGUUCGACAGUGGCAGGUCUAGGAUUUGUAACCACAGCCAAGAGGCCAAGCAUUGUCGUACAGCACAGUAGCAGUGCAGCAACGGUCAGUGCUGUUGGCGGGAAGCCAGCUUCAGAAACCUCUCAGUCAUCCUUCAACGAGCUCACAUAUUCAACUCAACUUGCCACCAACUCGUCAUCUCUAAACUCCACCAGCACUUUGUUGGCCUCAGCGUUCAGUGUGACAUUAAAAUCCACUUCUAGCUGGAACUGGGUCGUAACAACAUUGGCAUCCGGACCCUCGUCAGCCUUCGAUUGGACUAUAACAACUCUCUCCGCAGUGCCUGCGCCCACCGAUGAUGGUGGAUGCCCCACGACGCCUGAUGUUGUGACAGUCACCAAGUGGUCUACCAUUUAUCCGUCCACUAUCACGUGGACAGGGAAGCCAUCAGACUAUACACCGUCCACCACAUACCCGCAUCCUAGCCCACCUCCACCGACUUCAACGGCCGAGUGUACCCCAACGACUGGCCGGUUUUCAUACUCGGUCUGCGACGGCUCGGGCCUCACUUGCACUCUCUAUAGUACGUGGCCGGGCUCCGUAAGUCGGGGAGGUUCGCCUACCACGGGUACCGUCUCGACUUCCGUCGUCUUUGGGACCAUUCCCAUUUCAACGACAUCCGAGAAGGAAAAGGCCACGUUCACCGUCACCUUUUUGACGACAGAUAAGAAUCCUGUUGUGGUUUACCCCAGCCCGGAUACGCCAGAUUACGGCGCCGGUGGUGGGUCAUCCAAGCAGAACAGCCAUCAUAGUGUCAAAAAUUCAGUAGCGGAGACCACGCCUACCCAUGGACGUGCGACUUCGCCCGUACCCGCACCAUUCACAUAUAAGCAGACGGCUGAGCCUACGAACCAGAGUCCUAGUGGAGACAGGAGCCCGGUCUCCUCAACAGCAGUUACAGUCGUUGUGCGGACCACCGAAGUCAUCAUUAAUGACCAGACGUUCACAGACAAUCCGCAAACCAAAACCUCGACUGUCGUGGUUGGCACUGACACUUUUGUCAUCGACCCAACACAGGUCGUCGGUGCAGGGGCUACCGUUGCACGGCCUUCAAGUAUAGGAGGUAUAUUUGUACCGUCGCCCAUGACAACCACCUUGGGGAACCAGGAGGUUGUCUACGGUCCCUCAGUUUACAGCAUCGACGGAACUGUCCUCACCGCCGGUCCGAUACCUACGACGGCUGUGGUCAAUGGCCAGUCUUACACGGUCGGACCACAAGGCCUCGUAUAUUCAACCCAGACUCUUUCCCCCAUCACCGAGGCACGGUCGACGGGAAUGGUUGUGCUAGGAGCAGAGCUGAUCACAGCCAUUGGGCCAUCUCUUGUUGUCAUCGAGGGGACUACAAUCACCUAUGGUCCUGGCUUUAGCCCGUCAACCGAAGUCAUUGAUGGAGAGAUCAUCUUAAUCGGACCGGCAGGCAUCAUCAUCCGGGGAACUCUACUCGGAGGAAUCACAGCGGCCAUGGCGGCAACAGUGUACGACAUGGUCGGAGGAGCGACCAUCACCCAGAUUGGCGCGACCGAGGUGGUCAUCAAUGACUCCACUUACACAAUCGGCCCGGCCGCAACGGCCACCAUCACAACCGUUAUAGGCGGUGAGACAUUGACGAUAGGUCCCAACGGCGUCACUUCAUCUACCGUUUCCUUGGCUCAGCCCUAUGAAACAAGGACCACCAUCGUCCCGGGAGGAACGUCCGCGGUUGCUUCGCCGACGGAAGAAGCCCAGAAUCAGGGGCGACCUUUGCGGCCGGAGUGGGAAUUGGGAUUCAUAGUCACUUCUAUAGCGAUCGGCACUGGGUUUUGGGGGCAACUGUUUUGCUAGGUGUGGUGUCAUGGGGGAUCCUGAGGUGUUCUAAGGGCGUACAGUGAUUUUUUGCUGGAAAAGGGACAUCAUGACGAUACUCACGCCUCGUGCAAUGGGCAGCAACGUUGUAUGAGAUUACUGUAUACUUCUGUAAUACUAAUACCGGAGACCAGAUAACCAAAGAUGAAAACACGGAUAACUAUUCAAAC